GGUUCGGCGGCGCGCGGCCUUCCGGCGUUCUGAGGCGGCGGCGCACCCCUGAGGAGGCGGCGCGCCCGGAGAUGUCCCGCCGGGGCCGCUCUGGCAGCGCGAAGAGAAAAAGAAGUUGGGAUAUAGAAUACGCAUCCUUUCCAGGAGACACCCCACUGCAGUGCAGAAAAGCAGGUCUCAGGACCGUAGGGGCAGCUGCUUCCCUCUCUGAAGCAUGGCUCCGGUGUGGAGAAGGAUUUCAGGAGACUGCUGGGACUCCGUCGUUAACAGCUGAAAAGAAGACUAAUACAGAAGAGCACCUUGAAUUAUCCUCUAGACACAAGAAAGAACCUACUACAUCUGAGGGCACCAGUGGGAUUACAGCUAUAACAUGGAGUUCCAGUGAAAGUGAUCUGUCAGAUGAAGAUAAAAAUUUUAAACCACGGAGAGAUAGCAGACAUGGUUGUAGAAUAGACAGAUUUGAUAACAGGAAUAUUUUAUGUCCACAGGAUGGGACCAGUGAAGAUGACCUACAGCUUAUUGACUGGGAGAUUGACAGUGACAAGGAAGAUCCUUGUGAGUGUGAUGAAUUUGAAGACUGCGAGAGUGCGGUGGAAAUAUCUGAUGGUGCUUCCUGUGCGAGCAGUAGUUCUUUGACACCUGCAGAGAUGCUACCUGAACUUCCUAAGACAAGUCCUACAGAAAUUUUGGAGUAUUCGUCAGAUAGUGAAAGAGCUGAUGACUCAGAGAAUGUCUUGUUCACUGAUGCAGAGCCCUCUCACAGAUGCCCCAUGGGCCGUGGGCCAGGUGGGAGACAGGCUGCGGAGAAACUGGUAAACCUGGGGCUGAGGCCUGCGGAGACCAUUGUGCAUGCACCCCCAAGACAGACAAAGCUUCCCAAGACUCCAGAGAAGUCAGCAAAGACAAAGAAGCUUUUAAGAGGUGGGCUGGCGGAAAGACUAAAUGGACUGCAGAAUCGAGAGAGAUCUGCUAUUUCUUUGUGGAGACAUCAGUGUGUUUCUUACCAAAGGACAUCUUCAGGUAGAAAGUCUGGUGUAUUAGCUGUGAAAAUUCUAGAGCUGCAUGAGGAAUGCACUAUCCAAGUCGCCAUGUGUGAGCAGUUAUCAGGGCUGCAGGCCGACAGCCCUUCUCAAGGUGGGGCCGCCAGGACUAGCCUGAAGGUUCUUUUCACCAAGGAGACUGCACGCUGCCUCAGGGGACGUCCACAAGACAUCGUCCACAUCUACCCUCCUUGGCAAAAGCUUAUUGUCCCAAAUGGAAGCUGCCCUGUGAUUCUGAAUACCUAUUUUUGUCAGAAAGUUGUUGCCAAAGAAGAUUCAAAAACAGCACGUGAAGCACACGGUCGGGACACACCCCUUCCAAAAAGAAGCAUCACUUUGGCUCAGACAUUUAAAUUUAAGAGCCUAACAAGUAACUCACCUGAAAGCCAGGUAAUAGGUGGUGGUCUCUCGGCCGAGGGCACAGGAGAAGCAGAGCAGCACGUCCCCACCCGAGCGCCCCUGAGGGAUUCUCUGCUGGAUGCGGUCGAGAGCCAAGGAGCUGCCACCUGGUCAGGUGCUGGGGUCCGAGUCGUGGUGCAGAGAGUUUACUCUCUUCCCUGCAGGUGUCAGCAGGCAGGUGGCGAAGACCCGCCCGGAGCUGGAGUUUGCCUUCUCGUGCAAGAUGCCUGCGGACUAUUCGGUGAGGUGCACUUGGUCGGCAUGGCCCUGAAGGACAGAGCGCUGGAGGGGAAGUCCUGCAGGCUGGCGGGACUGAAGGUUCUGCGGAAGGCCACCAGAGGAAGGAUGGCUGGCCUUUUCAGUUUGAUUGACACCAUGUGGCCUCCAGUUGUGCCUCUGAGAGCACCUGGCCGCAGCUCGGCCUGUGAAGAGGAAACAACUCAUCUGCCUCCUCCUAGCUUCUGUUACAUCCUCUCUGCUCAUCCAAAUCUGGGACAAAUUGAUGUAAUUGACGAAGACCCCGUUUCUAAGUUUUACCAGCCUCCGGUUCCCCGCUUCUUAAGAGAAAUUCUCCAGACUGAUGGCCUCUGUACCCGUUGCAGUUUCUACGCCAGAGUGAUUUACCAAGGACCACAGGUAAACAGUUUGGAGCCCAGGGAGCUAUGGCUGGUGGUGACUGACGUUACUCUGCAAAUGCAGCGUGGGGACAACUCUGGCCUUCCCAGAACCAUGCCUGUGUGCGUGGCCCCCUCGUGCGUGCUGGGCCCGGAAGUCCAAGACGCACUCUCUGAGGCUGCCUCCCAGAGCUUCCUCUUCCGGGAUGCCCUCCUAGACCAGGGUCGGAUCGUUUGUAUUGGACGCACUGUCCUCUUGCUUCCAAAGCCCCACCUGGGUGUGGCCUCCGAUGCCUGGGAGCCGCCGGGCCCUGUGAGGCUGGAUGCGUUGGAUUCUGUCACUCGGGUCAACUCCAUCUGCAGUGUCCAAGGCACCGUGACUGGCGUGGACGAGAGCACCGCCUUCUCCUGGCCUGCAUGUGACCUGUGUGGCAGCGCGAGACUGGAACAGAGCCCAGGAGACAGGGGCACCUUCUUCUGUGGGGACUGCUCCCGCCUGGUUACCUCUCCGCUCCUCAGGAGGCACCUGCAGGUCUUCCUGGACUGCCCCUCGCGCCCCCAGUGCACAGUCAGGGUCCAGCUGCUGCAGGACAGUAUUUCUUCGCUCCUGAAGUUUGCCGCCAGCGAGGAUGGGAGUUAUGAAGUGAAGAGCGUCCUUGGGAAGGAGGUGGGGCCGUUAACCUGUUUUGUCCGGUCCCUCACCACCCACCCGACCAGCUGCGUGGGGUUGGAGGAGGUUGAGCUGCUGAGCGAGGGGAGAGCCUCUUCAGAAGACUGGCCGCGGCCACAGGAUCUGUGAACUUUGCAGAGUGGCUGCGAGGUGGUGGCAGUUUAGGGUGGUUAUUUGUUAACUCUGGGCAGAAUGAAUGUACUUUAUGAUCUUGAAAUGGAACUUUGAUUUUUCGGGGGCAAAUGUUCGUUAAGAUAGUUUGGUAAACUACAAAUCAAAAUACUUUUUUCUAUGGUUAUAUAUUUUGUAUUGCCUUUCUGCAAAAUUAGGAAUAUGUUGUUAAAGCUUAAAUACGCUUGAGGCCUUCAUUUUAUAUUUAUCUUAGAUAAUAUAGUAGAAAAAAUUACUUUGUUCCAUUGUAAUUUUAAAGUGUUCAGAUUUUACCAGGAUUCAAUGUGUUUUUCUUUAAUGUUUGUUUUAACAUUCCCCAAAGAAUACCCUGCAAAGCUUAAGCCUCUGUCCUCUCUCGUGGUACUAACUGCGCUGCUACAAUCAGCAUCCAACUUAAGCGUUUUGCAGCUCAGUAUUUUUUGGAACAUGUUCAGGGGAACUAUGUCGGAGGUUAAAGCUGUUUCCCGUAAAGUGUAGAUAAGGUAACCCUCCAGUGAUACUGCCAGGUCCAGUUAGUCCUGCUGGGUCCUGCACCAGCAGCCAGGAUUAGCUCGCAACGGGAGAGCCUGGUUAUCUUUCACCGUCUAAGUUAAAAGUAAAAUCGUGGAUUAAUUAUCUCUGGACACUAAAGAUUUAGUUUCCUCCCUUAUGACAAUAUAAUCAUGACAGGCCCUGGUUAAUCGGUUACGUAAUAUAGGCGUAGCAGCCAAGACCAAGAAAGGCUGCCUAGUACCCACUUUCACGGGGGACAGGCAAGGCUUUAUUUAGUCGUUCAGAUUAAGCGUUGAAACAUUACAAGUACUGACAAGGUAGCCGGUUUUUAGUAGCUUUGUGACUGUCCUUUCCAUCCUACGUGACCGUUCUGUAUCUUACGCACUUUGAAAAUCUGCUAGAAACUCUACAAGACUGAAGAAAGUGAAAGCAAAUCCCAUGAAAGCCAAGACGAGUCGGACUGGUUUUCGGACAACCUGAGCCCUCCUCUCCCUGCCCC